AUGAAAUUAAUUUUAAAUUUAUUAAUUUUCUUUGUAUUUUUACAAUUUGUUAAUGCAGCUCAACAACAAUAUCAAUAUGGAAUUAAUGGAGGAUAUUAUGGUUGGUCAGGAGAGAAACAAAAUCAAUUAUAUGUAGAAGCUGGCAUUCAAUCAGCCAGAAUGUUAUUCCCAUAUUCAUUCUUUGAACAAUGGGGUAUGAGAAUUCUCAUUGAUAACCAUAGUUUUAACAAAUCUCUAGGGAUGACUGAUUAUGUUGCUUUUCUCACCUACAAUCAAUCGGCAGGUGUCUACACUCUUCCAACAUCUCUAUACGAACCGAUCUGGAGCAAUGGACAGGUAAAUAAAAAUAACUUAUGGGCUGUUUUUAUUAACCAAUCUGUCAGUACCUACAAGGAUUACAUAACUUUACUUGAAAUUUGGAACGAGCCUGACUUUAUAAAUGAUUGGAGAUAUUCUCUUACUUGGUGGAAUUCUCCACCAACUGCACAACAGUUGGUACGUUUUGGAGGUGAUAUCUAUACCUAUAUUAGAUUACUAAGAAUCACAUAUGAAGUAACAAAAAGGGUUGCUCCAAGUAUCUAUGUAACAGUUGGUGGUUUAGGUUAUCCACAAUUCUUAGAUGCAGUAUUAAGAUAUACUGAUAAUAGUGCUGACGGUUUGACUGGUAUCAAUUAUAUUGAUGCAAUGUCAACACAUUUCUAUCCAUAUUUGGCAACCAGUAAAACUGAUUCCGAUUCCUACGUGAUGGCAUACACCGAACAUAUCAAUGCAUUCAAGAAUGUAUCUAAAACUAGAGGUUUCAAACCUAAAUAUUGGGUUGUAACAGAAACUGGUGUCUCAACAAAGCCAUUCGAUAACUACUAUGGUUCAGAAGUUCUCCAAAGAAAUUACUUUAUGAAGUUACCAAGUAUUUCUAUUAUAAAUGGAGUUACACAAAAUCAUGUUUUUGUAACUGGUGAUACUGAUAAUGAAUGGUUUGGUUUGUUUUAUAACUUUAUUGGUAAGGACUCUGCUAAAAUGAAGGAUUCUGCUAAAGCUGUUAGAUUUUGGAAACAAAACAUGUCCAAUAGAGUUAGAAGUGAUUCACAAUCCAAUUUGCUGGUUUCACAAUUACCAAGCAAUGUUGUUGGACAUGCUUAUGUGAGCUUAACAAAUUCGACCGAUUUUGUAUAUAUCAUCUGGGCAAAUUCAUCUACCUACAAAUACGAUGAAGAUACACCAAGUGUCAAAGUAACUUUGAAAUCAUCUGGUGAAUACAAACUCAUUGAUUAUACAGGAGCCUACUUUAAAUUAGCACCGUUUUCAAACAACUCUGUUACAUUUACAGUUGAUAGUACUCCAAUUCUAUGCUAUGAUACUUUCUCAACUCAUAAUGAAGAUCCUGUUAAUUCUUCAUCCAAACUAUAUACCAUCUUCACUAUUUCUCUAAUUGUAUUAUUAUUAACCAUUAACUUAUUAUUUAAUUUCUAA